CAUUUAGCUUCCUUCCAGAAUUCAUCUGAGUCAUUUGAGUUGUCACAAUCCUGGAGGACAAACGAACGUUCAAUUGAGGUGAAGUUGACAAAGAAAAGUUUUCUUCCAACGAUCCAUUACACGGUUUGAAAUAACAUUAGCGCAGCGAGAUAAGAAUGGUCAAUGCAACGAACGUUAUCAUUGAUUGCGACGCUGGUGUAGACGACGCUCUAGCACUGUAUCUUUUUCUGGUCGCUCACAAACACCGAAAGCUUCGUAUUGAAGCCGUGACAUGCGUUUAUGGAAACACCGACGUCAAUAAUGUAGCGUCUAACGUAUUAAGAGUGCUUGAACUAUUUGAUAACUAUAAUAUACCAGUUCAUAUGGGAGCUUACUCCCCCCUGACAAGUAAUAAAGAAUACUCAAGAAAAAAGGAGGAUCAGUUUUAUGGAUCAGACGGAUUCGGCGACAUCCUCAAGCAACCGGAUCUCACAAAAUUGCGAUUUUCUCAUGCCGUAUAUGCUCUACAUAAAUAUACGUCAGAUAAUAAAGGUAACAUCAGCAUAGUUUGCCUAGGUCCUCUGACAAACAUCGCAUUGGCCAUAAAUCUUUACAGAGAUUUCAAGCAGAACAUGAAAGAUCUCUAUAUAAUGGGGGGAAGCUUAACUGGUCAAGGUGAUAUAAAACAUAUAACAUUGAAUUUUUAUUCUGAUCCGGAGAGUGCAUCACUCGUGCUCGACAACGUCACUAAACCUAUAUACUUGUUGCCAUGGGAAACCUGCUUGAAGUCUCGUAUAUCAUAUGAUUGGCGCGUAAACAUACUGGGAAAAGUAAAUACACCUUUCAUACAAAUGUUGAAUAGAGUCGAAGAUAUCUGUCAACUCAUCAGAAAGGGUCGAAAAAUAGGGAGAAGCUUGGAUGCCCAACAUUAUGUAAUAAGCGACGCAAUUUUAGCUGGUAUUGUUAUAAGACCUGACAUGGCUAGGAACAUUUGUGCGUGUUAUGCAGACGUUGAAUUACACGGCAGCAAAACUCGGGGUCAGAUUGUUAUUGAUCGUGGAUCAAUGAAGAAAAACGUACAUUUGAUAGAGAAUUUCGAUUCGGAAACAUUAAAACAAUUAUUACUGUUUGCAGUAAACCCUGACCAAAAAGACAAGUCAGUUUUAUACUCACAAGACCCCACAAAUAAAAAAAUAUUAAAUGAAGACAAAAAUGCAUUUAAAUAAUUGUAAAAAGAAUGA